AAAAAAAAGUAAAGUAUAAAUACAGAAAGAAUUUAUGGUGUCUAUGGUCUAAGAGUGCAAAAGAAGGGAUUAAACCCCCACUAUUAAAAUGUAGUCUGAGGAUUAAAGAGAGGCACACGAAAGCUAGCUACAUCGGGGGCGUUAUUCGACAUCAACUCUCAGUCUAAUUCGAGACAUGCACUUGUUUUAAAGUUCUAACUAUUUCAGAGCAAUUAUUUAUUUUCAUUAUUUAUAUAAUACAGUUUUUUUCUUCUCUAGAAAUAAUUACAAUUAUUACUUUGAGGAAAUGCCAAGAAGGAAGUGAAGGAUAUAAAUGUUAUAAGAACUACAAUCUUGCAAUAGUGCCGACUAUUUGCAAAUUUUCAAAGUUAUUUAAUUGAAAGAUCAGGAAACGACAUCUUAUAAUUAUAAUAAAAACAUAAAAGUUAUAUUAACAGUAUAAGCCAUUCAAUUACUUUACUUCUCUUUACGAGAGGAGGCUGAUCAGCUUGUUAGAAGAGGAAAUGAUCAGCGUCUAAUUUCCGUGUAAGCUUCAUUGAAACAGAAAAGGAUUGAUCUACUUACGAGAUUUAUUGAUGCAGAGUUAAUUUAUAAAAAAGUUUAUUAUUUAGUUUUUACAAUGAAUAAACGGAAGAAAUAACAAAUAAUCGUUAAUCAUUAGAUGUUAUUGGAGUUUGUUUUCAUCAAAUUACACUUGGAUUUAAAGCUACAAUCAAUGAAGUGUGAAAAUGCAAGUAGCGACGAGCGUGUUACUCUGGGCAUUGUUCUCAAUAGCCCAGAUCGAUGCAAGACCUCCAGAAAUAGGUUCGUCGGAAGUGUCUCGAACGGACGUGACGAAACAACAAGCCGGUGAUGCAUUGCAGACUACAAAACUUCAAGACGUUGGAAGCAGCAGGUAUAGGUCGUCGGGUCGUACACGAAACAUUUAUGAACCUAAUAAUAAUAAUUAUUAUUAUUAUAAAAUAUUAAACCAGAGUAAUUUCACACCGGGGAUUAUAAAUAAUAUUAAAACUAAAUCAUCUCGUCGCUCUCGUUUGCCAACCAAUUGGAUUAAUUUUAAUGCACUUACCUCAACGACGGUACCAUUAGUCCAGGCUAAAGAAAUUUCUUUAAAAGACACUCGAAUCAGAAAUGAAAGUCGUCUUCUUCAUGCGAUCGCAUUGGAUCCCUCAAAUUCACUCACUCUAGACAAGCUAAAGACAAAAGUCAAAAAUACUAUUGUAAAUUCGACCAAGUUUUCUUCUUCUUCAAAAUCACCAUCUAAAAAUAAUGAAUAUAUUUUUGUUAAACCGAACAUGUCUUUCACUGUAGCGAACUCGACGAAAAAAAAACCACCAAAGAUUAAUACGACAAAUAUUGGUAUAAAGACGAACAAAACGAUUGUCAGUGGGAAUAAAAAAUAUCCGGUAGUUAAAAAUCCCGUAAUAUCAACAGUUUAUUUAAAAAACUGGCCUAAUGACCCUCUUCGUAAUGAGCAAGAUUUGUUAAAUUAUCAAAAAUACACAUCACCUUAUCCUACUUAUUCUAAUACCGAAAAUAAUCCUGUAAAAAAUGUGAAUCCUAAACUCGACAAACCCGUUUUAUCGAAUAAAGAUAAACCUUCUUCAGCCAUAAAUUCAUGGUCACCUUCAUCAAAUUUAACACAUUACGAAGACCCGUUGUUACAGCCAAGUGUCCAAGAAAUAAUAAAAUGGCUUCAAAUUCCCCCAUUUUCAAAUCAUCCACAUAUCGCUACUAAUUCAGCGACUAUCGGCGCGGUAUCCAACGUAUUUACACCCAGUGUAACAUCAAUACAACCCGUUUUCUAUACAAAUACCCAGCCUCCGAGUGUUGAUGAGAGUCCCAAUAAUUUUCAGUUGUCUCAAAGUUUAGACGCUUUGUCAAAUAAUCCAAAUCUUGGAAUUGCUCUCGAUCCAUUGGAAAUUUUCGACUCACAGGAAUCAAUUGAAGCUGUUAAAAACAAAACAGAGACUUCAAUAAUAACUCUAACAGACGCUCCGACUUCAACCGAUUUUCCAACAGAACCAACAGUUAUUCAGCGGCCAGUCUUCAGGCCGGUUUCUGAAAUAACUCAAAAUACAGUUGUUCAUAUCAUAAAUCCUUUGUCAAAAAAACGAAACGUCACUGUUAGCGAGGGUAAAGUGCCUUUUAAAAAUGAAUUGAAUUCACCACCAAAUGUCCAUAUUACUUUUGCUUCUGAAAAUGAUACCAAGUCUGCAACAAAUUUAAAAGACACAUCAGACAAUUUAUGUCCAACGAUAACUAUCAAUUCAAUAACAAAAGUUAACAAUACUAUUGAAAGCAAGCAAGGUUGUACGGAUCUUAAUAUAAUAAUUAACUCACAAUUGCUUAGUACCCAUAAUUUCAAUGGCGUUUUAGGCGGCGAUGAAUCAGGCAUUGAUAAACACGUGAAUGGUGAAGCUGCUAUUACUUCAACAGAUUCUAGUUCGAUAUUGACGCCAGAAUAUCCUAGUUCGGUACAGGCAGAUCCAGAUCGUAAUGAUUUGUAUGACGCAGCAGUUGUUGAUGAUGAAUCUGAAUUUGAAGGACCUUAUGAUGUCAAUCAGGAGUCGAAUUAUUUGAUAGGAGAUGAUGAAGAUGAUCCCAGUGAGGCGGUAUUUUCAGACGGUGUUCAAAAUGAUUUUGCAGAUGCUGGUCCAUCGGAAACUGGCCAAGUUAUUUCAGGAGGUUCAGAAGCAGUUGGUAACUCUAAUGGUGGGUUAGCUGGCUCUGCUCUCAGCCGACCAAGUCGUCCUGGGCUUCCCAAUAUCGGGAAUCAGUUGUCUAAUUUAGUUUCUGGUAGCAAUUCUGGAGGUAGUAAUGGCAAUGGCGGCGGUAGUGGAGAUUCCACUUCUCUGGCGGCGCUAGAAGAAAAUGAUGAUGAUGAUGAUGAUGACGACGACUUUGAUUUCAGUACCUCGAGUGUUCUUGAGGGUAUUACUAAUGUAUUUACUUACUUAACUGUUCUUAAUCCUCUAAAUUACGGAAUCUUUAGCCUGGCAGCUGCUCCAUUUGCAGCGCUUGCUGCGGGAAUCGUUGGGGUUUCCGCGAUUUUUUUUCCUUGGGCUUUUGCAAGUGGACUUAAUUUUGGAAGAGCUGCGGAUACAGUUACGAUAUUAUUUAGACCGAGUUUUGAAGAUUUUGUUAAACAAUCGAUAAGUCGUUAUCAAAAUGUUUCUGAGUGGAAAAGCAAACGAAAGAAGCGAAGGAGGAAUGAGGCUCCUGGUACUGGCGUCCGAGAUUUUAAAGGCUACCAGUACAUCGAUCAGUCUUUAAAAACCGUAGCGACGCAAUUGUUAAACGUAUCUAAUCCCGAAAACUUAUCAACUGAGCCAGACAAGUCAAAGUUGCCAAAAAUCGAAUCAAAGUUGAAUUUAUUGAUACGAAAACCCGACAAUAAUGUCAAAGAAACUCCUUCAGGGCUGGAAAUUUUUGGCAGCAUGAAGAAAUCAUCUGAAAUUAACUUAGAACCGCACAGUUUCGGGCGGCCAGUCAAUUCAAAAUUCGGUUUCUUCCAAUCAAGUCACCCCGGGCAAGCGAUGGCUAUCACUGAAGAAGAACUAGAACGAGAACUAGCAACAGCACGUACAACCACACACAAGACACCAGUAACUACUGUCGGCGGAAUAUCAACUUGGAUACUUUUGAAUUCUCCAAGCUCAACAUUAAAAACUCCAAACUCUUCUGACAACAAAAAUCCCCAGAAAGUUACCGAGACAAAGCCUUCAUCAACAACCAGUCCCGCGAAACCUUCCUCAACGACAAUAAGAGUCGAGACGAGUAUGAAGACAACAGUAGCUACUGAAAAACCUACUCCUCAAAUUUUACCAGUUGCUAGCGCUUUGAAGCAAACAACGGUGGUGAACAAUCACAUGGAAAAAGUAACGAUCAUUGAUUCAAGCACAACUUCACGGGCAGAAACAACUGAAAGUACUAAAUUCGAAACGUCUACUGCGAUUUCUAGUAUGACUCAAGAUAAUGAUAAUAAAGAAACCACAAAAACUACAACCAAAAAGGUAAAAGGUAACAACUCAGGCUCCGGAUCAACGACCCCUAAGUCAACGACCAUCAUUAUGAAAACUACGGCUAUGAAAGUUUCAAGGCCAAAUCCAUUGAAUAGAUCAACCAAGCCCCCCGCCAUCAGGAAACCAUCGAUUAAAUCGAAUAUCACGAAGACAACUGUGAACGCAACACCCAAAAUUGAAAAGGUUACUUUCAGACCCGUUCAAAUGAUUACAAACAAAAAUUCUCAAGCUAAGCCAUCAUUUGUCAGUAAGCUUCAAGCAACACUUCACACCAAUUCUGAUGCAAGCUUUUCAGUUGCUACUUCGAACGAUAAAGAAGAGAUAAACGCCACCAACGUCAAAGUAAAGACAAAACCUACAAAAACAAAUGUUCUAAAAGUUCACUUGAAGAAACCAGUUGACAGUCCAACAACCAUUGAAAUUGAACCUAUCAAAGUAAACGCUCCAGUUCUGACAAUCGAGAAAGUUGAUGACAAGAAUGAUUACCUCCAAAGCGACGAUUCAGUAAAAUUCAAAGAUCCAAUUGAUGUUAAGUUUGAUUUCAAUCCUAAGUUGACUAAAAUUGUCGAGACUUCUACCAGAGUAUCGUCUUCUUCGUCAGUAUCUUCUACUUCUUCAUCAUCAUCAUCAUCAUCAUCUUCUUCGUCAUCAGUAUCAUCAACAACGAAACGACCUAAGAAUAAAAGAAAGAAGAAUAAACUUCGCCGUCGCAAGCCUUCGACUACAUUAGCUCCUUCUACAUCAUUGUCGCCAAGUCCAGCUGAUAAUAACGUUGAAAAUCUUAUUAAUGAAUCUACUGAUAUAUCAAUUCAAGAAUCUAAAAUUGUGCCUGAGUCGAAGGUUACUAAUAAUAACAAUAAUACCAAGAGUAAUAACAAGAAGAAGCAAGUCGCAAAACCGAUAGGCACUCAGAUUUAUCAAUUUUUGAGCAGAGAAGUGAUGCCCAGUGUUGGAGUAAUGUCUUUAGUGGGUAUUGGUCUUGGAUUGGCUUCUUACUUUCUCUAUCCGUUUGGGGGAACUAUCGCUCGAAGAAAUUACGAGGUCGAACCUAAUUAUAAGUACAAUGUCAAUGAAUAUGGAGGCAAUUACGGUCAAAGCGAAGAAGAAGUUUUAUCAAAAGUGUUUCUUGGAAUGAAUAAUAAUAAUAACAAUAAUAAUAAUAAUAAUUAUCAUCAUAAAAAUAGUAAGUACAAUGUGGGAGUUAAUAAGAAUGUAGAUAAAAAUUAUUAUAGAUAUCAAGCUUACGACGGUGCUUACACAGAUUCUUACACAACAAGAAGAAAUACUGUCGCUGAAUCACGUUUUCCAACUUCUGCGGUACCUGUUUACAGACCUGAUCCGCCGUUUUAUGAUAAUCAUAAUCGAGAUAAUGAAUUCAAGUAUCCGGACUUGCCUACAACACCAAAUUACUAUGAAAGACAGACAAAACCGCAGUUUAUCAAUAGUCAGGCUAGUGGAGAUCGUAAAUUUGUUGUUGGUAACAUCCCUAAAGAGUAUCCGUAUGAUAAUCAACGACUCCCGGUGAUAUCGACGACAACUACAACGACUACGGAAAGUAUCCAACAAACGGACUUUGAGAAAGAAAUUGCGGAGAAAUUGAAUUUCGUUAAAAACCCGAUCGCGGAUAAUUUUGGUAGUGAUAGUCAUGCGGGAAUUGCCGAAGCGUCGGCUUUAAAGGCAGACGCUCCUCAAUAUGACGAUAUUGAGAUCACUCCUACGGCAGUAGCCGUUGAACAUGGUCCACGGGCAAUAAAAUUGGAAAAAUUGAUAACCAGACAGAAGAGAGAAUCUGUUAUUCAGCAGAUUCCUGCGAAAAGUGAAAUCGAAAAAGCAGAAGAAGACGAUUUGAGCAACGAAAUUUUAGAUAUUAUUGACUCGGCUGUCACUGAAAAACCGAUCAAGUAUAUGGGCAAUGAAGUUACUGGUGAGAAGGAAAAAGUAACGGAAUCUGAUGAUAAAAAUUUGGAUGAUGGAUUGAUAAAAAAUUCUGGAGAUAAAAUUGAAGAUACGAAAUUAGAAGAAGUUGAUGUUAAAAACGAAACUAAAAAUCUUAAAAAUUCGACUUUGAGUAAUGAGUACUUACCUGUGUUGAAUGUUACUGAUGAAACAGUUAAAUUUAAUUCAACGACUGAAUCUAAUGAAAAUGAUUUCAAUGGCACGUUAUCUGACAGUAUUCCAACAAAGCCAGUUUUAGAAAAAUUCAACUUUUUUAACUUUGUUAAAACUGUCGCCGAAGUUAAAUUAAGAGUUGGAUUGUCAAUUCUGAAACAUGCGGGUGAAAAUUUUGCAAAGUAUAUUGGAAAUAUUCAGAAACGGUUAAAUGGGGAUCAAUAAAUUUGUUAGGAUUUAUACUUAUUUAAGGAAAAAUAAUUUUUUUAACUUUUUAACGAAUCAAUCCUUAUUUUUUAG